GGGAACGAGGCAGAGGAACCAGGGCAGAAGAAGCACAGACAUGUACGGUCACUUCAACAAGGGCCCGGCCUAUGGACUCAGCGCCGAGGUUAAGAACAAGUUGGCGCAGAAGUAUGAUGUACAGAAGGAGGCGGAGCUCAGAGAGUGGAUAGAGGGCCUGACGGGAAGAACCAUUGGGAAAGGCUUCAUGGAUUCUCUGAAAGAUGGAAUCAUCCUGUGCGAGCUUAUCAACAAACUCCAGCCUGGCACCGUUCGGAAGAUCAACGAGGCGACCCAGAACUGGCACAAGUUGGAAAACAUCGGAAAUUUUAUCAAAGGCAUCACACAAUACGGAGUGAAACCCCAUGAUAUAUUUGAGGCAAACGAUCUCUUUGAGAACACCAACCUAACCCAAGUUCAAUACACCCUGCUGGCAUUAGCCAGUGUGGCCAAGACAAAAGGUGCCACAGUGGAUAUUGGAGUGAAAUACGCUGACCGUCAGGAAAGGAAAUACGACCUUGACAAACUCAAGGAGGGACGGAAUAUUAUUGGGCUCCAGAUGGGAACUAACAAGUAUGCCAGCCAGAAAGGGAUGACAUCGUAUGGUACUCGUAGGCACCUCUAUGAUCCCAAGCUGGCUAAUGACCAACCACUUGACCAGGCAACAAUCAGCCUGCAAAUGGGCACCAAUAAAGGAGCUUCCCAGUCUGGCAUGACCGCACCUGGUACCAAACGCCAGAUCUUUGACCAGAAGCUUGGCAUGGAACACUGCGACACCCAGACCAUCUCCUUGCAAAUGGGAUCAAACAAGGGAGCUUCUCAGCAAGGCAUGACUGUGUACGGCUUACCCCGCCAAGUUUACGAUUCCAAAUACUGCAAUGCGCCAGAAUACCUAUUGGCAGAGGAUCAAGAUGGGCAGUACAAUAACAGCCACCAGUAUUACAACUCUGAGUAACAGCCCAGCCUCUAUGUAACAUAACCCCUGCCCACAUCCCUUCCGUGCCAGUGUGUGUUUGCUACUGUGGCCAAAAAAUAAUUUAAAAAAUGGGCCCAUGCUUCCCAUUUUGCCAACGUGUGCCAGUUGGUCUGGCAAAGAGGCACACAGGCACCUACUGUCACCAUAAGCUCACUAAAGAUACAGAAAGGCACCAAUACUGCCCACUGUGUGCCAGGCUAGGAUACUACCUUGGCAGAGAAUGGGCAAUAUUUAACAUAUGCCAGGGCUUACUCUCCCCUGUAGCAAAGAAAAGUGCCUUUUUCUGUCAGAAAGUUCCUACUUAUCAGUGCUGUGUCCAUGUUGUCUAUUCCACCUGCUUGUCUGGUGAGGAAGGGUUUGGUUUAUUUCAUUCCAUCCUUCAUUAUUCCUGACACCGCUGUCUGGAGAAUGAUUGGGCUGCAGAGCAUCACUCCCUGCUAUAAGGAAACCAGAGGCUAAAUUCCAGUUUAAACGGGAAGGAUGUUUAUACCUUUAUUUUUUAUGAUAGUUUUUAAUUUUAUUUUUGGAAGGAGGGGUGGUGGGUUCAAUUCUUUGCUUUUCUAUUUAGCUUCUCAGCUAGAAAUUAAAUGUUUAGAUUGUUGCUGAGGAGAAUAGCCCCCUAGCAAAUAGAAUGUAGACUAGACUUGUAGCAACAUUGUUGUUUUUUUUUUUUUUAAUAUUCAGCUUUCUAUUCAGGCUUGUAUUAGUCUCCCAGACUGGCAUUCAAACUGACAGCUAGCUGCUAGGGCAACUGACCAUAGCAACCAGACAGAUUGAAUUCAAGACGGGAAAUACUACGCCAUAAACAUGCAGGAGAAGAAUAAGUUUAGAUACAAAUUAUUCUAGAAACCCACUAGCUGCACAAUACUAACAGUUAAUUUAAAGCAAAUGUAAGGGUCGGGCCUGCAGAGUUCACCCAUUAAUACGCUCACUGCUUUGAUGCCCAGAGGCCGACACUGUUUCACCUUUACUGAAGAUGGUGCCAAGAAAAAACUGCAAAUCACUUUUUUACAAAGUUUAUAUGAGACAUUAAACAAUCCAAUGAUGCACAUAGAAAUAAAUCUAUACCUUGCAUAGCUUUUCUAAAGUGGGUAAAACCUGGGUAUUUUCGUGCCAAAGAGCUGCUUUGUUAUUAUGUUAUUGUUUGGUAAAUAGAGCAAGUGUUCCGCCAUUUUGCUGAUAUGGCCACUAGACGGCAUGUCUUGUUACAAUGUGUGGUUGGAGUUACCGUGACAGGGCAAUCCUGACAGCCUUGCACAGCACUGAUACAGCCACCAUCUUGCCCUACUAGGCCUUUCUCUUUCCACUCUUCAGCUUCAGUUCUAAAGCUGCUCAUUUGCAGGGGUGGCUGCUAAGUUGAGGGCCUACAGUUGCCACCUUACUCACAUUUUACCAGCGCUGAUAACAAAAAUGACACUUGAUGCCAAUGCAGUCGCUGGGUGGAUAUACCUACUGAUAUCCUACCCCUCCCCCCCCCCCCAUAGCAGCACACUGCAGGGCAUUGCUUUAGCGGUGGAGCAGAUGUAGGGAAGUUUAUAGUGAGUAAAGGAAGGUGUAGGAACUGGGUUAAAGGGGUGAUGUUCUGCGGGACAGUAGGAUAGGAACAGACAAGGACAGAUAGGAGAGCAAAACUAUAGAGGCCUCAGUCACAUGAUAUACUGGGCGAGUGAUGCCCUGCAGAUCACUGGCAGGGAAGAGGUUAAAGAAGCAAUGCUCAGCACAAAUCCAAGGCAGAUCGUGCGAUGCUCUGCAUAUCUUUGCCUGGCUCUGUUUGCACACUUCCUUGCCCCCUCCUGUCACUGCGCUGCAGUUUAGAGAGUAACUUAAAGCACCUCACAUGUAUGCUCUGUCGGGAAAUGACAGCAAAUAUAUUUCUAUAUAUUUCUACCCUG